GCUCUGUAUCUUUGUUUCAUCUCUUCUUUUCCCAUAAAAUCUUUUCCCGCUAUCCGCAGGAGAAAUUGCUAUCUUACUUCUCUCCCUUUAUAUCCUGAGGAAGUAAGCAUUCAUUCUUUGUAUAGAGUGAAUUUCAUAUUUCCCCUUUCUGACCUUCCCGACGGUCUGGGCUUCUAUCACUAUGUUCGAUCUGAACGUCGAGACCGCGUCGGGCCCAGCCGUCGUGCGCAUCGGCUUCCCGCCCGCCUCCUUAUUGAAAUUCCCCCCGGACGAGCUCCCCACCACUCUUCCAGCUCCUCAGGUGUCAGAGCCAACAUGGAAUCAGCCCUUUAACAUCCCUCCUACCCUUUAUAACCAAUUACUUGACGUACGCGUCCCCAUAACCAUUGCCAGCGUGUACGCCGUCACCGUGUGCCUGCUCAAUCGCGUGAACAAGAGUCGUGGAUACAAGCCUUGGGGAUUCAGUCAGUCAAAGCUCUUCAAGCUUUUCGUCAUCCUUCACAACGUUUUCCUGGCCAUUUACUCCGCAUGGACUUUCGCCGGCAUGUUCCAGGCGUUCCGGAACUCGUGGCCGGGCCGGGAUGACCCCAACGGCCUCAUCGGUGUGACAGAUGCGCUCUGCAAGAUUAAUGGUCCCCGAGGCUACGGUAACGCCGCCACGUACGACCCUUUGACCAACCAGUGGUCCAUCCAGAAUCCUGAAUACAAACUAGCCGACGGCGGAGUGCCCGACCCCACUGAUGUCGGUCGGAUGUGGAAUCAGGGAUUGGCAUACCUGGGCUGGAUCUUCUACUUGUCUAAGUUCUACGAGGUAUUAGAUACCGCUAUUAUCUUAGCAAAGGGCAAGAAGAGCUCGACCCUGCAGACUUACCACCACGCCGGUGCCAUGAUGUGCAUGUGGGCCGGCAUCCGUUACAUUGCCCCUCCCAUCUGGAUCUUCACCCUGGUCAAUUCGGCAAUCCAUGCAAUGAUGUACACCUAUUACACCGUGACUGCUCUGCGCAUCCGUGUCCCCGGCAUGAUUAAGCGUUCCCUGACCUCCAUGCAAAUCACACAGUUCCUGUUUGGAACCACUAUGGCCGCUGCCUACCUAUUCGUCCACUACACUCUACCUCCCCAGUCUACGGCUGCUGCUACUGGACCUGCUGUUCGCUCCACUGUGGCCGCGGCAACCGCUUCCGGCGUGGCACCUUGGCUCAAGAAGCUCGGUUUCCGUGCCGCUGGCGCGGAAGGCAUUGCCGAAAACGUCGGCUACGCGCCGGAAAUUCCUGGCGCUACCUCGAAUCCUCAUGUGGGACCCAUGGUUACUUGCAUGGAUACCAGCGGCCAGGGCUUUGCAAUUUGGCUCAAUGUGACUUAUCUUUUGCCCCUGACUUACCUCUUCGUCCGCUUCUUUAUUCGCUCCUACUUGUCUCGCAAGGACCCUAGUCCCCAGCAAACCAUUCACAUGCACGCAGCUGAGAAGGCCGGUCUUGAUGCUUUGAUGCGUGUGAGCCGUGAGAUUCAGAAGUCUGUUGAGAUGAGUGGCGAGACCAGCGAAGCCACCGAGGAUGAGGCAAUCAACAAGGUCCAGGCGCUCCGGAAGAAGUCUCAGCAGACCACCGCCGAUAACUCUCCGAUUCGGACACGCGCCUCUUCGAAGCAGAAGGCACUUCUUGCCCACAAUCAAGAGCCUGAACAAGGGUUCUCCCCCGUGAAGAAGGGUGCCAAGCAAGUCACCAAGGAGGAAGCCGAGGCAUCCACAGAUGUUUCCGGCGUCCAGGACAAGAAUCCUUACGAUGUCUUGAACAGGAAUGCUUAGAUCCUCGCUCUUCAGCCUUGAAAAUAUCAAAGAUGAACAACAAUAAUACAGGAAUAAGAAGACAUCGAAAAUCACCUUACACUGACUGGGAGACUGCGUUGUGUCUUAUACCCUAUUACGACAUCCUAU